CGGCGGUGGUCCGGGGAGCUGCGGGCAGGCGGGCGGCGGGGCCAUGAACCUGGGAGAUGGUUUAAAGCUUGAAACUGAAUUAUUGGAUGGAAAAACCAAGCUAAUACUAUCUCCCUAUGAGCAUAAAUCAAAAGUUUCUGUGAAGAUGGGAAAUAAGAUCAAGAUUGCAAAAUGUCCUUUCAGAGCAAAACAAACUGGACACAUUCUAAAAUCAACACAAAAUACUUACAUUGGGAAUGAAAACCUUUUUCAAAAGAAGAGAUUUAGUUCAAACACUUCACAGGCAAAACCUGAAAAAAGUACAUCAACAUUUUCACCCAGUAAGGAUUUAAGUAAGCAGUAUGCAGAAAAAGACUGUCUUCAUUUCCAAAAGGAGAUUUUGCCCACAACCUCUAAUGUACAGAAGAUUAUAAGCAGCACAGAUGCUUGUCUAGUGGCUAAACAGAAACCUUGCAGAAAGCACACUACGCCCGAAAACAUGAACAGCGGUUUGGUAUGUCUAACCCAAGACCAGCUACGGCAGAUUUUGAUGAUGAGUGUAAACCCAGGAAACAGAUCUCUGUCCCUGUCUGAAAAUGGAAAGGAAGAGGAAACAAGUCAAGAUAGUUUACAUUUAAUCGGUAUGCCUGGUCAGCCAAAGGAUGUGAGUGUUACAGGUAUACUGCAAAAAGCGGAGGCUGCUUCACCCUCGUCAAGUGAAAAUGAGCAUGUCUUCAGUAGAGCUCAAGAGGCAUUUCAACAGUGUGAGCAGAAAGUUGCCAUAGACAAUGAAUGGAAACCAGCUGACAUAUUCAGUACUCUGGGGGAAAGGGAACGUGAUAAAGGUUUGUUGGAAGCAAAAAGAGCCCAGUGGAGAAAAGAUCUAGAUGAACAGGUUGCUUUAAAGAAGAAAGAAAAAGAAGCUUCUCAAAGAUGUAAUAAUCCUUGGAGAAAAUCUGAAAUGGAACGUGAGAAACUUCAAGUCCUUGAUCAAUCUAAGGGUGAGGAAGAUGACAGAUGGGCAAUGCAUUUCGAUUCAUUAAAGAGUCAUCCUGGUUCUCAGUCUCGACUGUCCUCUCAGUUAACACACCAACACCUGGAGUCGUUUUGUGUGUCUCCUGACACUCAGGAACCGGCUGAUGUCAACAGUGUGUAUACACCUCCACCUAGAAUCCAGGUGGAGCCUUCAGAGGAAGAACAAAGAGCCAAAGCUGUCAUGGAUAUGGCUGUGUCACAUGGUCAGAAAACAAACUUUCUCCGUUCUAUGACGGCACUCUUGGACCCAGCACAGAUUGAGGAACGGGAAAGACGCCGACAGAAACAAUUAGAACAUCAGAAAGCGAUCAUGGCUCAGGUAGAAGAGAACCGCAGGAAGAAGCGGCUCGAAGAAGAACAAAGAAAGAAAGAAGAGCAGGAAGAGGAGCAGCGCUUGGCACGGGAACGGGAGGAGAUGCAGAGGCAGUAUGAAGAGGACAUUCUUAAGCAGAAACAGAAAGAAGAAAUCAUGACUCUGAAGACAAAUGAGCUAUUCCACACAAUGCAGCAAGCUCAGGAGUUGGCACAGAGACUAAAACAGGAGCAGAGGAUCCGAGAACUGACUCAGAAAGGACAUGACGCAUCCAGGCUGAUUAAAAAUCUUGGUGCACAUGUGGAUUUUAAGGCAUCCAUGCACAUUUCCAGUUCAAGAAGCGACACUGAGGAAGCUGCUGACGAAACAAGUGCAGCCGCCACUUCCACAACCUCUCCCAAGAAGGACACUGGCGUGCAGACAGAUGACAUAAACUUAGGAAUUUUCAACGAUGCACUACCACACUGUGGAUCGGUAACAGAAAGGGGCAUUAGAAACUUUUCUUCUCCUGAGAUUUCUGCAGAAUUCAGUGGCCAGAUUAGCAUUAAACAAGACAAGCAAGAACUAAGUAUGGAUAAAGGCACUAAUUUAGACAAAGAAAACAGCUGGUAUAAUGAACAAAAUAGUAAGUCUAGAAGAACAGAGAAACAACAAACAAAACUCAUGAAGAAAUGUUCUAACAAGCCUGCUUGGAAUAUAAAUAAGCCUCUCAAAAGGUAUGUUCCUGCAUCAGCAAAGUACCCUGUACAUCUCCAGAAGGAGAAAGAAGAAAAAAAGGUAAGAAGGCAGAUGGAACUGCUUCACUUAGUAGAGAGAAACAAUCCUGAGAACCUCUCCCAAAAUAGAGGCACUUCACCAGAAGUUCCUGCUUCAUCUCGUCGAGAAACUGAAUCAGAGACCAGGUUGCAUGUAAUCAGAAAGGUAGAAGAACCUCUGAAAACUCCUUCAGUUAGUAAAGAAAGGUUUCCGCUAUCACCAGCAGUAAAAAGUCGAACUGAGCAAACUCAGACUUUACAUUUACAACUAAAAAACAGUGACUAUGAAAAAGAGACUCUGACUUUAGGAGAUGGUCAUACCAAAUUAUCAGAUGAGAUGUCUGAGCCAUCUCAUUUUAUUCCCUACGUUCGAACAAAUGAGAUUUAUUACCUUGAUCCAGAUGCACCCUUGUCUAGGCCUUCAACCCAGGACAUCCAAUACCAAAAAUCUCAUGAUUCUGACCAAGAACAAGAGCUGUUUGACUCUGACUGUAUCAGGGAUCCACUUCUUAAUCCUAAAUUGGUGAAAAAAAGGGAUCGACAGCAAGCUAUCCUUAAGGGACUUUCAGAACUAAGACAGGGUCUUCUCCAGAAACAAAAGGAGUUGGAAACGAAUCUCAUACCCUUAACUGCAAACCAAGAAGAUAAUUUUAGUUCUUCGUUUUAAAUAUGCUCACCACGCAGCUGCAUUUUUCAAGCACCCAAUGAACAACUUUACGUUAUGUAGUAAAAUGGUGUAUUUUUUAAAAAUACAAUAAAACAGCUUAUAGUUAAAAAAAAAAAAACAAAACUGGUCUCUGGCAUAUUAGGAUGUAAAAGUAUGUUCUACUUACC